UUCCGUUGCACAUGCGCACUAGUUUCUGAACUCAGAAUUGCCAAUUUGAGCAUAAGGUCCUGUUUUCUGCUCUGUGCAGCUCGAAUGAUACUGAACUUAACCAUCUGAAGUCUUGUUUACCUCGUUCUUGAACAAGUAAAGAUGGCUGAGAGAGUGGAAGAAGAAGUGAAYCCAGAGGAAGAAGAGCCGAAUUUUGGUCAAGUCUUUAAAGAUGCGUCGUCUUUUUGGACUCAAAAGCCACCCGAGCAGGCUGGCGCACGACCAUCGACCACAAACAUUGACUUCUCAAAGCCAUGGAAAAAAUCCGACGCCAUCUUGACUGUUGACAACAACCAAAAGUUUCACGUUCACUCGGGCACCCUGUCGAGGUUGUCGCCCGUUUUUGAGCAAAUGCUCGAUCCCGACAAUCUAGCCAAAUUCCCAAAUCGAGAAAUCUACCUUGCUGGAAAAAACGCAGAUGAAUUUCGUGAAUUCUUYAAGGUUUUGUAUUCAGGCGAAGCAGUACGGGAGUACAAAAUCAACUUCCUUCUGCCACUAGCGCAUGAGUUUAAAACGAUGGUAGUGUUGAAACGAUGUGAAGAGAGUUUGAUUCCUAAAGUCGCCAACGACACWUUAGCCUAUAAGUAUCUCAGCAUCGCUCAUAGGUUUGYCCUGGAAGGUCUUCGACGCACAUGCGUACAACUACUUAAGAUUAAACCUUUCCAAGAGCUACGUGGAAACAGGAUGUAUCGCGAACUGGCACCGCAAUGUGGAUGGAAUGUGAUGGAAGCUAAAGCUGAACUAGUAGAGCACGACCUUGUGAGAUUUAAGUCGAAACUUGAAGGGAUUUGUGAAGAAAUGAUAAGUAAUCUGUUUGGUGAACUAUACUCAAAGCAGGCAGGAGGGAGACCUCCACCAAUGAAUGCCGCCAUUGGGAAUAAGAUUUGUUUCAUUCGAGAAGCUGGUGCCAAGAGCGAAGAGAUGAGAAUUGUGUCAGAAACUAUUGAUAAACUGGAAAGACUAUAUUCAUGAUUUGAUACAAGAAGUCUGAGUAAAGGAUUGGAGAGUAAUCCAAUGAAAAAGCCGCUAGAAUUAUUAGUAAGACAAACGGGCGAAAGGGUGGAGCGAUCAGAGUGAAAACUAUACACAAAACUUCAUUUUUGUUGUUAUUUCACAAAGGAAUAGUUUAGUUGUAUAAUAUUUCAAAUAGAAAUUAAAACCUAGUACAAAAAGUAUUUGAACAUUAUGUAAAUAAUAUAUUAAUGUUACAGUAAUAACUGCCUCAUCACAAAACUUUCAAAAGAUGAUGUACUGUGAUUUCUAUAACCAAUAAUUCAAACCUGCUAAUAACAAUAAUUAGUCGUUAGGUAAUAGGAAAUCAACUAAUAAAAUCACGAUUGAAUAAACACCACUGAAU